AUGACAGUCAUUGCUUCAUCCCCCAUCCACUCAGACCAAUCCCAACCGUGGCAGGAGAUUAAUCGGCUGGUGAGGGAAAUAUUCCGCGCACGCAGAUAUCCUCACUCCCAAGCCCGCCAAUGCUGUUAUUCUGCAGAAAGCUCUGGGAGUCUGGGGUCGCACUGUCUGUCGCAGCUAGUGCAGUCCGCCCAGGUGAGCCAGGUUAUUUGUGUCCUCCGAAAUAGUCUCAGUCAUAGCCCGUCCGUCAGCCCAGAGGCCUAUCGCAACCAGCUGCAGGAGAAGAAGUUAUCCUCAUCACCUGUGAUCCCACGGACGAAAGCGAGUAUCGAGAACUCCAGCGCCCUAUCACCCAUGUUAUGCACGCCGUCUGACCCAUGGACUUUCGUCCCGGUUCGUUAUCGCUCCAUGGCCAGUUGCAGAUUCUCCGCCAUCUAUUGCCCCUGGCUAUCUUUCAUCGCGGCGGUGGUACAACGUGGCCUCACCCCGGCCCAUGCCGGUGAGUUGAUCCUAGAGGCCUCCGUGGCCACCCGAGAGUCAGCUACCGGACUGGGAUAUGCCGACAGAAGGAUAUUUUGCGAGAAGAUACUGGAGCUGGCGGCAGCCACGUAUCCGGACGAGCUGGAGAACGCAAUAGUCCGAGGAGGGCCUAUCGUAGGAUCUCGCGCCACGGGUAUUUGGAUCACCAAGGAGGUGGUGCCCGUGAUGUUGUGA